GAUUGUUUAUUAAAUUCGACUCAGAUUACUGUAAUUCUGUAUGUUCCAAAUGAGGGUUGUUCGAAUACUGAUAUGUUAUUUUGCUGUAGUAGGUAUCAUGGGGUGUACGUUUAUCAUGCACUUCCUAAAUCCAUUGAAUGCAAGAAAGCCGAAUUUCAUUGAAAAAACAAAUUCAAUUAAUUUAGAAACCCCAAUAACUUCGAUGGCACUCGCAUUAGAGAUCUCUUCAAGUAAAAUUGUUCUUAAUAAACUUAAAAUGCUUGCAAGAAGUAUCUACACUCCAGGGCAUAUUUUGAACGCCUCCCGUAUUUGUCAAGAUAAAGGUGCAAACUUGACGCUGCUGAUAGUUGUUACAUCCGACAUUUCUCACACUAAUGAGCGUGCAGACGUUCGCCGAACAUGGGGCCAAUUAGGAACUGAACAAGGAGUUGCUAUAGUAUUUAGUGUUGGAAAGACCGAUUCUUCUUAUAUCUCAAGAAAAAUUAUAGAAGAAGAACAUACGUACGGUGACAUCAUUCAAGGAAAUUUUAUAGACGUGUACGACAACUUAUCUCUGAAAACAUUAUCGUUCUUGGAGUGGGUAAAUAAUUAUUGCUCCAAAGUGAAGUUUGUUCUAAAAACUUACGAUGAUACAUUUAUAAAUGUGCCCUUAAUAUUACAGUUAGGAACUCAACAUUUAGAUUCCCACAGAUCUAUAUUUGGGAAACAAGCAAAGAACAUAAUGCCUGUCCGCGAUAUGUUUAGUAAAUAUUAUCUCUCCCAAGAAGACUUUUCAUCAGAUACUCUUCCAGAUUUUAUGAGUGGUGGGGCUUACAUGAUGUCAGCUGAUAUAACUAGUGAACUAUACAACCACGCUUUAGACACAGCAUUUUUUAAACUGGAGGACGUGUUUUUCACGGGUAUAGUUGCCAAGAUGCUCAAUAUAAGUCAAGUUAACGUCGAGGAGUUCGUGAAAGAAAAUGUAGUUUUUGACGAAUGCGAAGUGAAAUACGCUUAUGUCAUCAAUAAUCUAAAACACCGAGAAAAACUUUUUUAUUGGAAAUUAUUUUUAGAGAAGACUCCUCUGUGGUGUAAAUGGUCACAUGAGACCGUUCCAACUGAAUACUGGGGUGAAAUAAUAACAUCCAAGUCGUAUUUGUAAAUAACCAAUUAAACAUUAUUUAGGUUUACGGAUUCUUAUUUUUAAGCGUCAUUGAUUUGUCAUUGUUAGCCAA